ACAUGAAGUAAUUGUAAUGCGGGAUUUUGACUUUAUGGAAGAGAGCGAAAUUUUAAAAUCAGAUCGCAACCGUUUCCAAAACAAAUGGAAAAUUUUACAACAUUUUGUUCACAACAAAAAACUAAUUGUUCAAGAUAAGCGUGUUCAUGCUUUUCAGCUAUUUACCUCUAGAAUACUUCAACAUAUGAAUGUUAUCCAUAACGACAUCUCUGCAGAUUCAGAUGAUCCUGAAAGCGAUUAUGACUGGUUUGAAUAUGACAGUAAUCUCUUUCCUGAAUGUCGUCUCCAUGUCAGACAACGUUCUCGACCUGUCGAUUGGAGUGACGCAAUAGGAUUUGAUAACACUGGGAAUAUACGUGUAUGGCCAUCAGAAGAAAUUUUGGCAUAUUUAUGUAUAAAGUCUUCAAAUGAUUUCAGAGGAAAACAUGUUUGUGAAAUUGGUGCUGGAAUGACUGGACUUACAGGAAUGAUGCUUGGCUUGUCAUCUGAAGUAUCCAGUGUUCUUGUGACAGAUGGAAAUAAGGAAUGUGUGAAGAAUCUUAAUGUUAUUGUUAAAGUGAACAAAGAAAGGUUUGGUGCAUCAAAUAUAAACGUUAAGCAGCUAAGAUGGCAUGUUGUUGAAGACUAUGAAAAUUUAAAGAGUUGUUUUGAUUAUAUUAUGGUUGCAGACUGUUUGUUCAAAGAAGAAUUCCAUGAAAAUCUGUUGACUGUUAUGGACAAAGUUUUAAAAUCAGAAGGUGAGGUUUGGAUUUUAUCACCUCGUCGAGGUUUAUCUAUUGAGCACUUUCUUAGCAAAGCAAGAAAAUUGUUUACUUGGGAACUGAAGGAGAACUUUGAUAGUCUAAUUUGGUCCUCUUAUUCUAAGGAAAAGCAGGAUUUGAGUUCAUCAGAAGUCGUUAAAAAUUUCCCUGUUCUUGUCAAAAUGAGAAAAAAUCAAAACGUGUUAAACAAGAUUGAGUCGGAAAUGUCAUAAAUUGCAAAAUUAUAAAAUAUUAAAUAUAAUAUAUACUUAUUGCAGUUAA